AUGGAUACUGAAGGUGCCUCUUUAAGUGAACAAUUGCUAGAUGCAGCUAGAAGAAACAAUUUGGAUCUUUUGGAAACUGUAUUUGAUAGUUUAGAUAACGAUGCUGAGAAAAUUGCAAAGCUAAUUAACGAAUCUAGAGAACCAUUGGGGAACACUGCGUUGCACUUAUGCUGUAAGUAUGGAUCUUGGGAAGUUCUGGACAAGAUUCUCGACCAAGACGGUGAGAUCGAGAUAGACCCACAAAACGAUGUUGAUGGCGACACUCCGCUACACGUUACAGUUAGAUACAGUCAAGAGGAACCUGAACAUGGAACGUUUAUUGCUAGGAACUUAAUUGAAGUGGGUGCCGAUCCUAGGGUGAGAAACUAUAACAAUCAAAAGCCAAUUGAUUUGGUUCAUGGCGACGAACUGGAUGAAUUAAUUGACCUUUUGCAGGGUGCCGAAUUAGCCAUUGACAGUACUAAUGGCUUAGCUGAUAACAAUGAAGAUGGGGAAAUGAUAGAUGAUGGCCCAUCUGAUGACGAAGGAGAUGAUAAAAAAUGA